AUGAGCGAGGGCAGAGAGGGGCGAUUACAGAGUUAUGGUUUCACAAGCCGCCAUAAGCGUCGCGCGGCCAGAUGGAGUGAAGAAACACAACUGUCUCGACCUCCAGGAGAGCCAGAGAAAUUAGAGUCGUUUCAUCUGAGCAUCACCAGCGACCGUUCGAGCCCCCUGCGAGGUAGAGCCGCCUCAGGGUCAGGGAUGGGAUCCGCUGUGCUGCUCCGCAAUCUGGACUUUCUCCUCAUCUCACUUCUCAGCAGUUUUUGUCUGGUCUACACAGAUGAUGUGCUCACAAAAGAGGAACAGAUAGGCCUGUUGUUCAAAGCCAAACGGAAGUGUGAAGGAAACAUCAAGUCAAAGCACAAGGUUCCUGAUGGUUUCUGCUCACCAGAAUGGGAUGGCAUCGUUUGUUGGCCUGAAGGGCCUCCGGGGAAGCUCAUAUCCACCGCCUGUCCGGAGUAUAUCUACGACUUCAACCAUAAAGGACUAGCAUAUCGUCGGUGUGAUGACAACGGAACGUGGGAGUUGGCUACUAUCAACAAGACGUGGGCCAAUUAUAACGAAUGUGCAAAAUUCCUCUACCAUUACAACCACAGCCAUGAAAAGGAGGUCUUCCACCGUCUGUAUCUCAUCUACACAGUGGGCUACUCCAUUUCUCUGGGAUCGCUCAUGGUGGCUGUUGUCAUCUUGGGAUAUUUCCGACGCUUACACUGCACCAGGAACUACAUCCAUAUGCACCUAUUCGUGUCCUACAUGCUGAGAGCCAUAAGUAUUUUCGUGAAAGACAUUGUGCUCUACUCUGGAUCAGCCUUAGAGAACAUGGAAAGAGUCACAGUGGAAGACCUCAAGUCCAUCACCGAGGCUCCACCAGCCAACAAAACACAGUUUAUUGGCUGCAAGGUGGUGGUGACCUUGUUCAUGUACUUUCUUGCGACCAAUUACUACUGGAUCCUUGUUGAGGGCCUGUAUCUCCAUAGCCUCAUUUUUAUGACCUUCUUCUCAGACAGAAAGUAUCUGUGGGGAUUCACUCUGAUUGGCUGGGGAGUACCAGCAAUGUUUGUGACAGUUUGGGCAACUGUGAGAGCCACGUUUGCAGAUACAGAGUGUUGGGACUUAAGUGCAGGCAAUUUGAAAUGGAUUUACCAAGUGCCUAUCCUGGCAGCUGUCGUGGUUAAUUUCAUGCUAUUUCUGAACAUCAUUAGAGUGUUGGCAACUAAACUACGAGAGACAAACGCUGGACGAUGUGACACAAGACAACAGUACAGAAAAUUGUUGAAGUCCACGUUGGUGCUGAUGCCCCUGUUUGGUGUCCACUACAUCAUAUUCAACGCCAUGCCGUACACAGAGGUGUCAGGAGUCCCCUGGCUCAUCCAGAUGCACUACGAGAUGCUUUUUAACUCCUUCCAGGGAUUCCUCGUCGCAAUUAUAUAUUGCUUUUGCAAUGGUGAGGUACAAGCCGAGAUCAAAAAGUCGUGGAGCAGGAGGACUCUGGCACUGGACUUCAAAAGGAAAGCUCGGAGUGGCAGUAACACCUACAGCUACGGACCUAUGGUGUCACAUACCAGUGUAACCAACGUCACUGCCAGAGGACCGCUGGCGCUGCACCUCACGACGAGGCUGGGCCCGGUGCCCGUGAACGGACACAGGAACCUCCCUGGGUACGUGAAGAACGGCUCAGUCUCAGAGAACUCCAUACCUUCGUCGGGACAGGAGCUCCACAUUCCCGAGGAGGAGCACUCAGCCCACACGAGGCCCUGUGAGAACGAGAAACCCUCGCCCGUGGUUGAGGAGGAGCGGGAAACAGUCAUGUGACCGACAGGCCGCUGAACAUGAAAACUAAAUGAGCAAAUCAGAAACACGGCCGCAGGAUGGUCUGAAGGGGACGACUGCAUGCGUCAACACUGCCAGUUUAUUUUCCUCCUGUGAAUCAAGCCUGAACUGUAGAGACCGAAGAGGCUCAAGGCGAAAAAGGUGUAUCACUCGUGUAAGCUUCAUUUUUGUGGCGAAUACUCUUUAAAGGAGCACCUGCCACAGUGAAUGUGUAAAAGCCUGAACAGAAUGCCGUGUCUUAUUUCUUUUCCACUGUUGUUAUCUUGUUCUCUCAUUGCUUUUGUGGAAAAUGUCUUGUGCUCAGCUUUUGUGCAUAAAUCAAACCGAGGUUAGUAGCAGUCGUCACCAGAACAGCCUUAAUCACCGAUGUAGAGAGAGAGAGUUGGAUUUGGCAUAAGAAGAAGAAUUAAUGCUACUAUUAUGGGGCGACUGUUUAUUUGUUCUGCAUCGACUUGUAUCCAUCAGUGUAAAAGGAAAGGUACUCAGGUAAUUGAAGUCCUCUGUUGUUGCGCACCUAUUUUUAUACUUUUAAAGUGGUGUUCUAGCCUGGUCAGCGUUUCUACUCAGAAGACGUUAUAUAAGGCUUGUGUUAAAUAGUCUGUUUUUUGUACAGUUUCUGCUGUUUAGAAAGACCCAGUAUUCAUCGCUCUAAUUACAACAGAUGUCGAGGAGUUCAAAUGAAUGUUUCAUAUUCAAAUUCUCUGCAAAACACACACACACAACAUGAUGCCAAAGUGAGAAUAUUUCUUUGAAGAAGACUGUCUCUGUCAGUGUUAGCUGAGGUAAAGAGGAACUUUGACAAACUUUGAAAUCUGACAGAAAUAGUAUCAUGUGUUCUCGGCAAAGUUUUCAAAGGAAGAGAGACCCCCCCAUUUCAAAACACAAGGUGCAGGAAAUGGCCGUAUAUUCCAGUGGAAUGUUAAUUAAAUGAGGAAUGAGGAAAAUCUCAAAUUCCCUUGGAAUUCCAAGAGUGACAUUUGUGGCGGAUAUGAAGGAAAACCCAGAAAUGAAUAACACACAGUAUAGUUUUUACAGAUGGUCCAGUGUUAUGCUGCUUUUUGAUGUAUAUAUAUACAAGUCACAAUGUUUACAAAGGUCAGAAAUACAUUCUAAUUGUGAGCUAGUAGUGUUCAUGUGUAUGGAUAUGUUGUAAAGCUAUGUUUCAGUGUAUCUUUAUUUUUUUUCUCACGUGUUUGUUUACGGAAUGUUUGCAAUAUUUGAUUUAUGUAAAUAGUCCAAAAAAACCAACUGGUGAAUAUAUUUACAGGUGAUCGAGGGCAUUCAAACUGGCAUUUCAUGAAGCAUUCCACGAGAUAUUUUAAACUUACUGCUCGUAACCUACAUAGUUUGCAGGUUAGGUCACAAAUUAUAUUAUACCAAAGAGAAAAGGUCACAGAGAAAAGGUUACAGUGUUAACUGUGACUAAAACGUCUUAAAGUCAUCCUGUCCCGAAAAGAAAAAAAAUAAAAGUGCUACUGAUAGUGAGUGUAGGAAAAUGUCACAGUGAAAGAGUUCAGUCCCCCCCUGUAGAUUGAUGUUUUUUUAUAUUUAAUACUCAAUUUCAUGUAAAAUGUUUGUGUCAAAGGAGAAAACAACUCUCUGUGGCGUAGUAACAACUGAGACGUCUCUUAUGGAGGAAUAUAACUCGGUUUAUUAAUCCAGAUUGACAAAUUGAAUAAAUUUGACGAUAUAGUGUUUGCACGACGAGGAUGUUCAUCUGGGGCAUUCGAACUCGCGUCGAGCACUAAGCCUAGAGUUUGUCAUGCUGGUAGUAAAUCCAUAAUUAAUCACAGUGGCAACAACAUUGCCUGAAUAAAUCGGUCCAUUCAUUUUCUCCAUUCAAACAGAAACUCUACUGCCUGUUGAAUUGACAACACGGCAAAAAUCCCAAAUUUAAAAUGGGAAACCAACACUAGUGUAAAUUAUUUUACAAAAACAGGACUUUUGGGUGUGAAGACAGUAAACAUAUAUCUCUAAUAGAGAGGUUAAUCACAUCAGAUUCAGAAAAAUGUAGCUUUUCUGUUGUAUUUCUGCAUCUGGCCACCACCGUUUGUGGCGAGCGCUCUCGUCCAGUGUGACUUCAUACUGACUGAAUUAUGCUCCCAUUACACAGAUUUGCUAGGUUUGUGCUUGACUCAUUUUUUAAAGGUUAAAUCCUGGUCCGCUCAGUUUGUGCUGGCCUCCAGUCCAUCCAGCAGAUUUACACUGCAUCUCAAAGAGUAAAAUAGAAAACAUGUAAAUCAUGUGACAGACUGCCUUUACUGUUUUCCCAUCAGGCAGAUGUUUAUUAGAUAAAUCUGGUCAUAUUCUAUACGUUUCUUAUUGCAGACAAAAUGGACGCAGCUUGGACGUUUGCAUGAGGAUCACUCAUGAUUGCGACUCGAGGUUGGGUGGAUUGUCUACAGUAGUAAUUACAUGUGGCUGCAGGCCACAGGGAUGGAAAAAGACUGAGACUGAGGGAACCCUCUGUAGAUAUUACAGUUUCAUACCAUCAGUACAGUUUACAGUAUGUACAAGAUUUAAGACUGCAGCUGACUGAGGGAGUUGUUCCUCAGAUUCACUCAGACUUUCCACCAACUGCCGCUGGGCAAGUAAACAUGUUGCCGUUGCAUAAUCCAGGUUCUUAAUUAAAAGGAGGGGCGGUAUCAGAGCAUGAAAAUAUUUUAUUAUGAAAGAAAAACACUUGGAAAUUUAUAUAUUUGAGCACUUUAAUACCCUAUAAUACAGUAUUUUGUUCUGAUUGUAUCAUGUAAAAUGAUUGUGUUUUGGAGUCAAGUGUACAAUAAGGCCAAUAACCAUAGAGCUAAUGUUGAAUUUCAUUGUUUUCAAAUACCUCUCAUGGAAGUAAAAAAUGUGUUUAAUUGUUUUUUAUUUAUCUUGUGCCGAAAUGUGCUCAGUGGAGUGGACGUCGCUCUUCGUGCUUUAGACGCAGCGUGUGAGCGGUGCUCUCCGACACACGUCUCUCUUUCUCAUCACUCCAUCGUGAUGUAGGCAUGUUGUAGAUAUCAGUGUAAACUUGGAAGAUAAAAUAAGAAGAUGGUUCCUGGUCUUAUAAUGUUCAUCAGUGAAUUGUGAAUAAGUCAAUAAAUCUGU